CUUGCUUCUGCGACUCCAUCCCCUCGUCUCGUCUGGGGUAUUCAUCUCCUUACGUCAACACGCGUGUUUCUUUAUUAACUUGGCACUUUAACGGAUAGGACGGCUGAGGCGGUGAUUUUGUUUCUUACAUUUACAACACUUUCGCCUUUAAUUUCUGCUUGUUGCGCAGUUUGUGCUCCUGCUCACAAAACCAACGGUUCCAGCGCCAUUGCUGAUUAACACAAGGCUCUGCUUUGUUCUGACUAUAUCCUCCUCGCGUUCAACUUAAAUCAAACGUCAUGGAAUAUUCCGAUGAUUCUGACUUCUACGGGGAUGAUGAUAUGGUCAUGAACCUUAACAACCGUUUACAACGCUUCGAUGUUCAGAGCUGGAUGCUCGAGCAGCAGCAAAGCCCUGGAAGGCCUAUUCCUGACAAGAGCAUCGUUGCCGAAACAUCGCAUCUUCACAAUCCCUAUGCUGGGGUAAAUUAUGCGUGGCAGCUUACCGAGACCGUAGAUCAGUUCCUCGCACGUCUCCCACCCAGGACAACAGACAUCACGGAGGAUACGCCUUGGAUUUUUAUUUGCAAUCCGUAUAUCCCCCGUGUUGAGAAGUCUAUGGGGCAGAACCAACUCAGUAAAGGUAAUGAAGAUGAGGCUCCCGAGGAAGAAGGCAGCAAGACUGCGCUUGUCAUGGAAGGUGGCCUGGAGAGACUAGAACUUCUCUCCAAGUUCAAGGACGGACUGAAGAAAACCAACAAGGUCCUUGCAACACAAGAGCGAGAUAUUCGAAAAGAAAUCAAGAAAGCCUCAGAUGAUAUACUGCACCUGGCGCACGCUGCCAGAGUCCGCGCUGGCAAGUGGAUGUUAUUCUGCACACCAGCAGAAGUAAACGACGUGUGGGAGAUUGUCGCGAAAGCGACUGCCAAAAACGAGCUUGGCAUUGCUGCAAAGGUUGCUCCACGACCAGCCGAUGAGGAUUCUCGAAAAGAUCGACUCAUUUGCGUGUACACGACCGAUUUCGCAGACAAGGCCGACGUUGGCAGGGUGCUUCAGAAGCUGCGAGAGCUCAGAUUGGUUGAAGCUCGAGGAAGACCUAUCUACUAUAAGCCAGGUGAGUCAUGGUUGGUAUUGAUGUCAAUAAAGUGAGGCUGACGCAAGUCGAUAGAUGCAUAUACGUACAUAGGGAUAUCCUCUGGGAAUCCCUGGGGUCUGAAAGCGUCGAUCUAUAAGUCAUCUGACAUCUUCCAGACCUGACGACGCACAACAAAUGACUCAUCUAGCCAGGCAGAACAAGAAGGAAUAUUUCAUCGUGUAUGGAGGUUCAAAAUCAAGAAUCCGAGUGCAUAAUAUAGAGAGAAGCAAAAAAGAAUAGGAUCGUAUCGUCAUGACCUUCAUAACCAAUAUCCUAAACGCCGGUGAUUCCAAAAGAUGCUAAUUCCGCAUGACGCUCAAAUGCUGUCGCUGACCUAUGCCCAGUCCGUCCAUGUCCACCAAUGACUUCCCAUCACUGAACCCCGUAGAAAUGCUAUAAACACCCAUGCAACCGUGAAAGCUUAUACAUCGAUGAUUUCAAGAUCAUUAGCGCUGGCGUCAAGGUCGAUGUACUUAAGCGGCAGAACAAGUCGAUAUGCACUGUUGCCGUUGAGGUAGUAUCGGUGUAGCUUUUUAGUGC